AAAACAUCUGUACGUGUGCUCAAACAAUUUAACUUUUUCUCUUUGGAAUUACAGUUUUAUAGAUAUAAUAGAUUUUGAAAUAACACAUCUUUGUCAGAGUAUAAAUAAGUGCGAUAAAGUGAAAUACCCUUAAGUAUAGAGUUUUGUGUUACUUGCUAUUUUUGAAAUCAUCAUGAAAUUCACUUUGGUACUAUUGGUUACGGCCGCCAUUGUGGCAUGUGCUUUGAGUUGCUCUGAUGUCGAUUUCGAAAAAUUCCAGGCCGAGUUUGGCAAGAAGUACGCCGAUAAGAAAGAGAUCAGUUCCCGCAAAGAAAUUUUCUGCAAGAACUUAAGGAAAAUUCAAGCCCACAACCGUUUAUACGAUCAGGGACUUAGCACCUACCAACAAGGCGUAAACCAAUUUACUGAUAUGACCUCAGAGGAGUUCCAAAACAGCGGUUAUGUAAUGCAUCCUGGCUUCGGAAAGCAUUAAGUUUUCCUCAGAAAAAAAUGUAAUAUGCAUUUUCUCCAAUAAAUUAAAAUUUGUAUACACAAAAAUAA